AUGGAAUCUCCUGAACUCUACACUAAGCGAGCUUCUGUGUGGGUGCCGGAUCCUGAGGAAGUGUGGGUGUGUGCUCAGCUCGAACAGGACUACAGACCUGGAGACCAGCAACUCACAAUAAAGCUGAGCGAUGGAAAAGUCAUAGAGUUCCCAGUGUCCUCCACUGCUGGUCUUCCACCGCUGGGAAACCCAGAUAUUCUGGAGGGUGAAAAUGACUUAACAGCGCUUAGUUUUCUGCACGAACCGGCUGUGCUCCACAACCUGCGUGUUCGCUUUCUCCAUUACAACAGCAUCUACACCUAUUGUGGAAUUGUAUUAGUGGCCCUGAACCCAUAUGAACAGCUUCCCAUCUAUGGAGAAGAAGUGAUUGAUGCAUACCGCGGUCAAGACACGGCUGAUAUGGACCCGCAUAUUUUCUCCAUAGCUGAGGAUGCCUACCGUACCAUGAGCAGGGAGGAGAAGAACCAGUCUAUUAUCAUUAGUGGUGAGUCAGGCUCUGGAAAAACUGUGUCUGCUAAGUUCACCAUGCGCUACUUUGCUGUGGUUGGAGGAGCAACUCAGCAGACCAGUGUAGAGGAGAAAGUUUUGGCAUCCAAUCCUAUUAUGGAGGCCAUUGGAAAUGCUAAAACUACUCGCAAUGAUAACAGCAGCAGGUUUGGAAAGUACAUUGAGAUUGGCUUUGGAUCUAAAGGACAUAUAAUUGGAGCAAACAUGAGGACGUACCUGUUGGAAAAAUCUAGAGUUGUUUUUCAGGCUCCUGAGGAAAGAAAUUAUCAUAUCUUCUACCAGCUUUGUGCCUCCAGAGACCUACCAGAAAUGAGGGCACUCAAACUUAACUCUGCUGAAUACUUUCGAUAUACUAAUCAAGGACAAAAUGUAAACAUACCAUGCAUAGAUGAUGCAGUGGAGAUGGAGCACACUCGGAAUGCUUUGACUAUUCUGGGAGUGCCACCUGACCAGCAGAUAGAGCUCUUUCGGAUCUUGGCAGCUGUCCUCCAUCUUGGGAAUGUCAAUAUUGAAUCCAGUGGCAGAGGAGGCGAGCGCAGCUACAUCAGUGCAGAUGACCGCUCUCUGGUGCUCUUCUCUAAACUGAUGGGGGUAGAGGGACCUCAGAUGGCCCACUGGCUUUGCCAUCAGCGAUUAGCUGUGGGUGGAGAGCUUUUGGUAAAGCCUAUGCCAGCACAGAAGGCCAAUGAGGCACGAGACGCUCUGGCUAAACAUGUGUAUGGGCAGCUGUUCAGCUGGACUGUACAGAGGCUAAACUUGGCUCUUAGAGCCAAGAGAGAGAAUCCCAAAACCUCCAUUGGAGUGCUUGACAUCUAUGGAUUUGAGACUUUUGACAGAAAUAGUUUUGAGCAAUUCUGCAUCAAUUAUGCUAAUGAGAAACUUCAGCAACAGUUCAACAAGCACGUUUUCCAGUUGGAGCAGGAGGAGUACGUGCGAGAGGAGUUACCCUGGAACCGUAUUGAGUUUAGUGACAACCAACCAUGCAUCACCCUCAUAGAGGGGUCUCUAGGCCUGCUGGACCUGUUAGAUGAGGAGUGCAGACUUCCUAAAGGCUCAGAUGAAAACUGGGCACGGAAAAUCUAUGACCAGCACCUGAACCGAAGCCCCAACUUUCAAAAGCCCCGGAUGUCCAACACAGCGUUUAUUAUACUUCACUUUGCAGACAUGGUCCAGUAUGAAUGUAAUGGAUUUUUAGAUAAGAAUCGUGACACUAUAUUUGAAGAACCCAUCAAUAUAAUGAGAGCCAGUCAGUUAGAGUUGGUGGCAGAGUUGUUCCAGAAGGAGUCAGCAGAAUCAGCACACGCUUCUGUGCCUAAUGGUAGUGUGCGCACAGGGAAAAGGGCUCACCGUGAGCACAAACUGACUGUGGGCUUCCAGUUUCGCCAGUCCCUGCAGCUCCUGAUGGACACACUGAACAACACUACCCCUCAUUAUGUCCGCUGCAUCAAACCCAAUGACCUCAAACAGCCUUUCAUGUUUGAUCCAAAGAGAGCAGUACAGCAGCUACGAGCCUGUGGGGUGCUGGAGACUAUCCGUAUUAGUGCUGCAGGCUAUCCAUCCAGGUGGACAUAUGAGGAGUUCUUCAUCCGCUACAGAGUUCUCCUUCGUGGCUUGAACGUUCAGGAGGAUUUGCGUUCAUCCUGUCAGAAAGCAAUCCCUGCCCUCAUUCCAGAUCCUGAGCAGUACUGCUUUGGGAAGACAAAGGUCUUUUUCCGGUCAGGUCAGGUGGCCGUGUUGGAGAAGCUAAGGGCUGACAGGUUGUGGGCAGCUGGGGUAAUUAUCCAGAGCUGGGUGAGGGGUUACAUCCAGCGACGGCGCUACCUGCAGAUUCGCUGGGCCACUUUCACCCUGCAGAGAUACACUCGGGGAGCUCUGGCCCGCAGGCUGGCUUGGACACUGAGGUACACACGAGCAGCUCUGGUCAUACAGAAGACAUACAGAAUGAUGAUGAUACGACAGCUAUAUCUUACUGUCAGAAAGGCCACCAUUACCAUCCAGGCAUUUACCAGAGGCAUGCAGACACGCCGCGCUUACAGAAUGGUCCGUGUGGAGCGGGCGACCGUAUGUCUGCAGGCAUGGGUGCGCUGCUGGCUUGCUCGACGCUGGUUCAGGCAUGUUAGGGCAGCGGUGGUGCUGAUGCAGUGUUGUGUGCGCAGAAGGAUUGCAUGUACAGAACUCAAGAGGCUGAGGGUCGAGGCACGCUCUGUGGAGAAGUACAGGGAGCUCAACAAGGGCAUGGAGGUCAAACUCAUGCAACUGCAGCUACGUGCUGAUCAGCAGGCCAGAGAGAGUGCGUCUCUUCGUGAAACUCUCAAUGCUGAGCGUAAGUCUUACAGCGGUAAGAUAGAACAGCUAAAUCUGGCCAUGCUCAAACUGCAGCAACAGCUCGAUGAGCAGAACCUGGCCGUUCCUUCUCUAAACGCUAAACAGGAAGAGGAGAUAAAAAGAGCUGAGAAAAAAGCAGCCCAGGAGAUCCAGUGCCUCACACAGGAAAUAAAAGCUUUGAAAGUGGAGAGGGAGUGUUUGGAAAAGGAGAGAGAUGAUCUUGCUACUCGUUUAUGGGAGCGUGAAAAGACUGAAGAAGAGAACAAGCAGAAGUCAGAAACACAGGCAGGAGCAGCACUACAGGCUGAGUUGGAGGAGGAAAGAAGGAGAUAUCAGGGCUUGCUGAGAGAGUUUACACGCUUAGAACAGAGAUACGAUAACCUGAGAGAUAUGAGCAUGCUUCCUACUGCUGAGCGCUGGCAGGGACACAGAAGGACUGACUCCAUUCAAAGUUUGACUCUGGAGCCACUUUCUCCGACCUUUUGCAGCUCUCCAGACUUUUCUUCAUCUGAGGAGAGCCGGAGAAUCAGUGUCACCUCCCCAUUCGACAAGAGAUUCCCAAUUUAUGAGGCACCCAUGAAUGGGUUGAUGGAAGAUUUGGGAGUGUCUAAAGACACAUCAGAUAAAAUGCACGGAGAAGAUCUUCGACAUGCCUAUGAUGCUGUCAGGGUGGCCAACAAGUUUCUGGAGAAGCAGUUGCUGGCUCAGAGAGCUGAGUGGGAGCAGGGGAAAGCUGAUCUCACCCUUCAGCUUCAGGAAGCUCAGACUAAAGAUGUUCCACUUAGCAAAGAACUGAAGGUGAUUGAGUUAAUGGAGGUCCGGGAACAGGAGUGCUGCAGGUUGAGAAGGGAAAUGAAAGAGCUGAAGAACACAGUGCUACUCAGAAGAAUUCUCUCUAACCCAGGCCUGUCUGUGUUGCCAUCUCAGGAGCUGUUAUGUUCCCCUCAACACCUGAACUCCACAAUGACUGGACUACUGGAGUGUAGGAAGAGAGAUGAGAGCAAGCUGAUUAAAAAUCUUAUCACAGAUAUACGGGUGGAUGUGGCUCUGUCUCUGGCACCAGGCUUGGCAGCACAGCUGCUUUUCCUGUGUGUGCGCCAAGCAGACUUCAGCAGAGACGAAGCUCGAGCCAAAGGCCUUUGUACCGCUGCACUGUCUGCCAUCAAAGCAGCCCUGAAGAAACACACUGGGGAUUUAGACAUGACGGCUCUGUGGCUAAAGAACGCCUACCUGCUUAAAGAUCUACUCACUCAGCACUCACCCACACAGGAGUUUGGCAGAGGGGAAGAUGUGAUCCCCCUGCAGGUGGAGCUGAGGGAGCAGGUGCGGGCACUCAAUGAUUUGUGUAUUCAGGCCUACCAGCAGCUCCUCUCCAUCUCUGAGAGUCGACUGCAGCCCAUGAUCGUUCCAGCCAUGCUGGAGAGUGAGACCAUCCCCGGUAUGUCAGGAGCAGUGGUGAAACUGAUAAUUUCUCGUAAGCGUGCUGGUUCAGACCCUCGACCUGCAAGCUCUUCAGAUGGAGCCACCAUGGCGACUGUGCUAAAGGAGCUGACUGCUCUGCACACUGCAAUGCAGCGACAGGAACUUCCUUCUGCCCUGAUAGAACAAGCUUUCCGCCAACUCAUACACCUGCUAGCUGCCAGUGCUCUCAACAGUCUGCUACUGCGCAAAGACAUGUGCUGCUGGAACCGGGGCCUGCAGAUCCGCUACAAUGUAAGUUUGCUGGAGGAGUGGCUGCGAAGUCACGGACUGCAGACAGGUGGCGCUGGAGCUGCACUGAUGCCCCUCAUCCAGGCUGCACAGCUUCUCCAAAUGAGCAAGAAGACCGAGGCAGAUGGACAGGCCAUAGAUCAAACAUGCAACUCCCUGUCCAGCCAGCAGAUUAUAAAGAUUUUGUCCCAGUACACUCCACAAAGUGAUGCUGAAGAAAGGGUGACGCUCAAUUUCAUCCGCAUAGUUCAGGGGCUGCUGAAGGGGCGCACAGAACAAAACCCUGCGCCACUGCUGCUGGAUGUCCGUAAGGUUUUCCCCGUCACCUUUGUGUAUGCGCCGAUCCCAUCAAUCAGUGCUGAGCAGCUGCACAUCCCUGAGACGCUCAAGAUUAACUUCCUGCGCAGAGUCUGAAUGAACGCUCACAAUAACCAGCCACCCACACACGCCCUUAAUAUAGUCCUCUUCAAGUUUACAUUUACAAAACAA